UACAGAGUGCUUUGUAGAAUGAAUAUUAACAUUAAAGCAAAAUACUUGAGUCUUUCCAGUUGCACCUGCAUUUCACUUCUUGCCAAUCUUUAAAUUUAACAGAUGGAAUUUUACUGUGUCAAGAAGCAUUGAAUGCUGAGCGGGAGCUAUGUCAUCCAGAUACAGAUCUCUGCAGAUUUGAUGCUACAGAUGAAGAGUUGAGAUUGUGUCAGGCCUGUGGGUUUGAAUUUGACAUGUGUGAGUGGACGUCAGAAGCAUCUGCUGGCCAAAUUUCCUGGAUGCGCACAAAAGCGACAGAGAUCCCUGCAUUCGAAUCCACACCUCAGCAGGAUCAAGGAAGUGAUGAUGAAGGUUAUUAUGUAUGGGUAGGCGCUAAGCAUGUUUUCACUCUUAACCAUUUAGACAGAAGGGCUUACCUAAAUAGCUCUGUGUGUCAUUGCCUGGGCAAGAGCUGUCAUCUUCAAUUCUAUUAUGCAAUGGAAAGCAGUGUCCUGAGAGUAAGACUGUAUAAUAAUGAGGAAGAAGAAAUAUUUUGGACAUGCAACAUAUCAACUCACAGCCAAUGGGUGAAAGCAGAUGUGUUAAUACCAGAAGAUCUGAAGACAUUUCAGAUUAUUUUUGAAGGGACUCUUUAGAGCCAGAGAAGUUUUAUUGCCCUUGAUCACCUCUGGGUCUAUGCCUGUGGACAGACCCAAUCCA